GAAUAAGGGUCGAGGAAACAAGAACACGGAUAUGGAUAUCUCGACUUCGACUGAGUAAGCGGUCCCGAGGGCUACCCCUCGAUCUAGCCGGGCUGCUUCCGGGGAUGCUGCGCGCGCGCACCGGGGGUUGCGCUCCGCUUUCAUCUCGCAGUUUCACAGCCUCCCUUUCGCGACCCGUGUCUACCGCGGCUCGAUCGUAGGUGUGUGUGCAGUUUCCCGUGUCUCGUUGUCCCCAGGUACAUUGGGGCGUUUGGUAUUAUCAUUAUCGUGGUCCCGGAUCUCAGUUCCUGACGAAUUCGUUUGUUUCUCGCUCUGUCUCCGGGUCGUGUACGAUCCAAAUGCAUCGCUCUAUGUCGGAAAAUGGAAACUGUAAUUGUAACGCAUCCAGAUCUGCAGUCAGAGAAAGAAUAAAUUGUACGAUAGAUGGCUAUGCGAAUAAUGAAAAGGCAAACGAUAAGGACGAAAAAAAGAGGAUCGAGUAAAUGAAGCAGAUGAAAAUGUUAUUUCGUAAUUUUCUCCAAUGUGAUUUGUAAGCAUUUAUUUUUUCAAUAUAUUAUUUAGCAGUUGAAGCAAGAUAAGCGACAGAAAGUAUAUUUGACAAUGUAAGGAAAAAGUCAGAUAAAGACAGAGACAGAUAACUUUCAUAAAAUAUUUAACAGUUUGCGAAGAGCAAAACGCUCAAGUUUAUGAAAAUGUUUUUCUUGAAGAGAAAAUACAAAGAAUAUAAAAUGCAAACACUUAAAGACACUUACAAUAAAAAAGUACGUGUUACAACAUUAAACAGAUACACAGGCAUAACGUCUCUUUAUCAUCAUGUUUUCAACGUGACAUUUGAUAUGACUACCAUUUAAGGCGAAGGCGAUAGAACGACGAUCUCAUACGCAAGCAUUAAUAGUCUAAUCCAUUGUAAAAGCUCAUCACAGAUGAAAUAACAUGCAUGAGCAAUUGUAUAUAUAUAUGUACACAUAUAUACAUAUACACGUACGUAUGUGAAAAUAUUCUAUAUGUUUCCGUUGAAACAUUGAUUUAUCGGCGAGCAACUUCUGUGUAUCCAUCUUUUGCGACGGUUAUCACCAUUCAAACGAGAAAGAGAGAGCAAAUUAAAUGCGAUAGAUUGACUCAGAAUUGGAAUAGUGAUAGUAAAAUGUAAAAGAAAGACCAAAUGCUCGCGUAACGUAAACUAACUUCUCGGUUAGUUUCAUUCUUGUGCUUUAUCUUCUCGACCGACGUGGAUUCGCUUGAACCGCCAAAUCUCUCGGUAAUGCAUCGUCGAGUACGAACGGGAUGGCAGAAACGAUGGCAUACAAUCGUACAAUUUACGACAAAACAACGGCAGGAAAACUAAAUUUCACGUCGGUGACAUUCCUUCCUUCUAACGUGAUCGCUGCCGCGUUUAAUGCCGAGACGACUAAUCCGUCCGCAGCUAUGAUGGGCGAUCCUGCGAUCGUCACUACCAUCAAACCACACCAUCGCGUCUACAACGCGACGGAGUAUCUCAUCGAACAAGACGAACUCGAGCACAGUAUCCUUGCCAACUUUUCAGACAUACAAACCGUUUUGCUUGCAUGCAUAUCGACAUUAUUACCGCUGAUCAUCGCCUUGGGGAUCGCCUUCGGCGUCAGGCACGUGUGGCGAAAAUAUCGGAAUGACGAAGACAGCGAAAAUGGUUUACCUUGGUAUAAGAACGUUUGCAAUCGCGACAAUGCAGUUGAAUCGCAUCAACAUCAUCCGCAUUCCGGAAAUGUUCCUGUAGAAGCUGCCACGAGAGUCCUCUCCGCACAAGACUUGGUGAAUGGCCUAGACGUACCUCGAUACAUUUGCGAGACGGAGGUUAUGGAUGUAAAUGUUACUUCGGCGGCGGCCGUGAUGGAAUACACCAUCACUUCCGGUAAUCAUACCAGCAAGAACGCAAACGGGAACAUCAUCACCCUUACGCUCAAGAACAAUCAUCUUAUCGUAGAAACAGAGGAACGUGCGGUAACGACAGAGGAUAAUAAACCCACGUCAAGAUAUAAGGACAGCGGGUGUUCAUUUGUGGUCGAAAUACAGCCAGAUUAUAACAAGGAAGAGACGGAAGGUAACAAAGGGUCAUCCGAUGAUGUGACCACUGCUGUCACCGAUCAACAGGCUCUGGUGCAUAGAGAAGAAAUACCAGACGAUAAAUUCUCAGGUUUCGAAAAUACACGACUGUUUGGAAGCACCAAUACCGGUCUGUCACAAUCAGACCUUUCAGUAUCCAGUCAAGGUUCGGCCAACCCGAGCUACCGCUACGGCAAUCAGGUCGAAUACGACUCCGGCCACCUUGGUUAUCCUAUGUACGGUGGUAAUUACGAAUCUGAUGUAUUGUCGCGGAAACUGGAGGGACGAUCGAAAUGGGUGGAAUUCGAUAAAUCACCGGAUAUAGAAAAAAUACUGUUGGACGAUUCUAGAAAUUUUACCAGUGAGGAGGAGGAGGAAGAAGAUAAAAGUCCACAAUUCUUCGGAAAACCAAAAAAUAUGUCAUCUCUACAAGACAUUGAGGUCGCGACAACGCGCGAAGACUCGUUGGAGAUCAACAGUUUCCCAGAUGCCGUGCAAUCGAAUCGGAAUCUUCAAGUGAACGGCACAACGCCCAAUAAGCUCGAAAUUAUGGAACAGAAAGCUCUGAGCAACGACUUUGCUAGCAAGACAGAGAACAACAAGCCGGUAAUAACCGGUAUGCUGCUGAAGGACGACGUUCAGGAGGAUGCGUUUCAGGAGCAGCAACGUAAAUUGGGUAAUGGCACGCUGACUCCAGAACACAAGGGGGAUAAGACGACGGCACGCAAGCCGGAAGGUAGCGUCUUCGUGCCGAGUCACAAACGAGCGGGCAGCAUCCCGCCGCGACUGAUCGAGGAGACACUCGAAAUGGACCGCAAGAAGUCACUGGACAUCUACAACAAGUACAGUCAAAUCAAAACGAGUACGAGGGGUAUGCUGCCAAGCUUGAGUCCGAAAUUCGAGCUGUUGCAGAAUGAGGUGAGUCCGAUCGAGGAGAAAGAGAGUUAAUGCGACACCAGGAAGAAUCUCCCAUCCGGUUCCCCUCAGCAUCAUCGUCGUCAAUUUUCUGACUGUGUCGUCGGGAACGCAACGUCCUCUGGAUAAAUUGCAACGAAAGAUACUGUAGUCAGGGAUUAUUAAAAAAAAAAAAA